AUGUCGAAUAAUAAAUUGAAGAGUAAUACUUUUAUAAAAUACGAAAGUAAAAAUGUAGAGAAGAAAAAUGAGACAAACAGUGUGAAGAAGCUUAACAGUAUAAGCACAAUUAAAAAAAAAAGCGAAGAUAAUAAACUAGAAAGAGUUACAAUGAAUGAAUCUGUAUUUAAUGAAGGAGAUAAAAUAAUGAGAAAAAAAAAAAUUGUGAAGAAACCUGAGGAGACAUAUGAUAAAAGGGAAAAUGUGACAACAUCGGUAAAUAUAAAUGAAGAAGGAAAAAGAAGUAUAAUUGUAAGAAGAUUUACACAAAAAAAUAAUAUGAAUAAUGAAGAACUAUGUGAGCAGAAUUAUAAUGAUUGUAAUAAUAUUAAUAAAAACGAGAAUAAUAAAAUAGAUAGUAUAAAUAAUAGUGAUAGUAUAAAUAAUAAUGAUAAUAUAAAUAAUAAUGAUAGUAUAAAUAAUAAUGAUAAUAUAAAUAAUAAUGAUAAUAUAAAUAAUAAUGAUAAUAUAAAUAAUAAUGAUAACAUAAAUAAUAAUGAUAAUAUAAAUAAUAAUGACAAUAUAAAUAAUAGUAAUAGGCCUGUAGUACGAAAAGUUAUAAAAAGGGUAAUACGAACAAGAGUAAAAAAUAAAAAAGAUGAGACAAAUAAAAUAUUAUUAAACGAUAAUUUAAAUAAUAAUCAAUCAACGAAUGAUAUAUCGUGUGAUGUAAUUAAUAAAUAUGGGAAGACACAAGAUUCGGAUGAUGAGAUAUUAAAUUCAAUUAUACAGAAAAAAAAUGAACUUAUUAUGGACACACCCACCGAAGGAAAUAAUAAAGAAUUAACUCAAAAGAAGAAGAAAAAAAUAAUUGUUCGAAAAAUAAAUGUUAGUGGGAAAAAUAAAAAAAAUGUACCUGAUGAUAAAAAUGUAUAUGCUGAGAAAUAUAAUUACAGUGAAAUAUAUAAUUCUGAUGAAAAUUUGUUUUUUGGUAAUAAAGGGAAUAAACCCAAUAUGAACCUUUCAGUUUUCGAAAAGAAGAAAAAUCAUUUAGUAGAGGGGCAAAAUCAUACAGAGAUUUUAGAAGAUAUAGAAAAUAAGAGUCAUGAUAAUGUAAUAGAUUUAAAGGAUGAUAAGAAAAAAAUAAAAGAUUAUCAUAUGAAUAAUACUACUUCUGUAAAAGGCUUAAAUGAAGAAAUAAAAUCUAUAAAAGAAGAUAGAAAACAUAUACAAUUUUCUCUGGAUAAUAAAAUUAUUGAGAAUAACGAAAUGAAACAAAGAAAUACAGAAUUAUUAAAUGAUAAUAAUAAAAUAAAAGAAAUAAACAAAGAAUUAUUAAACGAGAAAUUAUAUUUAUCUAAAGAAAUGGAAAUAUUAGAAAGGAAACUAAAGGAAUCUAAUGAAAUGUAUAAUUUACUUAAUGAUAAAUAUAAUAUUUUAGAAAAUGAAAACAAAAUAUUAUUAGAUAGAGAUAAUGAAAAGGAAUUAAAAAUUCAAGAUAUGCAUGAAGAAAAAUUAAAAUUAAAAAAAAUUAUUGAAGAAAAUAAUUCUUUAUUAAAAAAAAAAGAGGAACAAAUUAAUGAAUAUAUCAACGAAAUUGAAAAUUAUAAAAUUGUUCUAAAAAAUAAAGGAGAAAUGUUAUUACAAAAUAGUUCGACUAUGGAUAAAAAUCUCUCAUCUGAUAAAAAUCUACAAAAAGAAUAUGUAAACAAAUUAAAUAAAGAAAAUAAAGAACUAAUUUAUGUUUUCAAAAAACAAUUAGAUCUAAUAGUCAUACUAAAAAAGCAAAUCAACCUUUUACAAAAUAACAAAAUUUUAAAUAUAACUUCAAAUGAAUUCAAAAAAAUUAUGCAAGACUGA